GUGCCCUCGGUACCAGGGCGAGGGGCACAGGCUGGGGCUAACCGGCUUUUCUCCUGGCUGCUCGGCAGGGCCAACGUGAGGCAAGGAUGGCUGCGGACGGGCUCUCCAGCAAGGCCCUGAAGCAGGUGAAGCAGGAGCUGGGAGAGAACACACCGCUGCUGUCGGACGUGGAGCUGAUGGGGCUGUCGGUGCGGGAGCUCAACCACCACCUGCGGGGCCUCUCCAAAGAGGAGGUGGCGAGGCUGAAGCAGCGCCGGCGGACGCUGAAGAAUCGGGGUUACGCUGCCAGCUGCCGGGUGAAGCGCGUCUGCCAGAAAGAAGAGCUGCAGAAGCAGAAGAUGGAGCUGGAGUGGGAGGUGGACAAGCUGGCCCGGGAGAACGCCGCCAUGCGCCUGGAGCUCGACACCCUCCGUGGCAAGUACGAGGCCCUGCAGGGCUUCGCCCGCACCGUGGCUGCCCACGGGCCCCCCGCCAAGGUGGCCACCGCCAGCGUCAUCACCAUCGUCAAGUCCGGCACCAACCAGGCCGCCUACUCCUAGUGCUGGCCUCCGUCCCCCGGCUGGGCACGGCCCCUCCGGGGCGCCUUCCCCCACGAAUUACCUCCCAUACCCUCCCUGACCUCCUCCCUGCCGGGACCCAUUCCCGAAAUCCUCCUUCUCCCAUCCAUUGACCUCCAGCUCCCCCACGCAGGGAGGGCUGCUGCAGCAUGGGUGCUGGGGCAGAGGACAGGACCCCUCUGGUGGCCCCUGACGCCCCG